GACAAUGUAUCUCAACAUCCCGCCAUAAAACCGAAGAAGAAGAUGUCUGCUAUGCGUAAACAGGACUUUUAUUUUGGCUUUGCGAUGUGACGUCAUAAGCCUGCACCGCGCUCUUGCAUUUUUGUUUCUGCUGAACAAAGAUAAACUCCUGUGAAGCGAUUGAGAUCCUCGAGAAACUGUUAUAAAGAUGGCGUUUAUUAAAGAGGAGAGUGAAGACAUGAGGAUGGAAGAAGCAUUCAGAGGCCUACAUGAAGAUACUGAGACACAAACGAAGAUGGCAUUUAUUAAAGAGGAGUGUGAAGACACGAGGAUUGAAGAAACAUUCAAACAUAAAGAUACUGAGGAUCAAACAGACAACUAUGAGGAAGGAAAGAGGAAGGUUCGAGAGGUUGAGGUUCAAUCGGACAUUCAGUCAGACACAGAGGAACCAGGCCGAAAAAAAGUCAGACGCAAAAGGCCACACUCUCAACUUUUGAGCUCUUUUUCGAUGGACUCUGAAGAAGAGGAUGCUCUACAGCAGGAUAGCACAGGUUUUCCUGCGGCUCCACCAGUCCAACAGUUUAAUCGACCCACGAAAGAGGUCACCUUCAAGACGAUAUCCCUGGCAGAAAUGCUGACCAGCAACCACACCAUCUGGCAACCUGAGGAUUUGACAUAUGAAUCUCCACAAGAGCCUACAAGAUCUUUGUUUCCAGAGAGUGGUGUUUCUUGGAACAGUGUUCAGCAGACACCUGAAAUCAGUGCCUGUCUACACUCAGCACAGCCUGAACAGACUCAGUUGCACAAACAGCAGAGGACUCAUCAGUCUCCCACUCCUGAACUUAUUGUCUCUCUAAUCCGUGAAAUGCUGACAAAGCAAGAAAUGAUUCUUGAUCAGCAACAGUCCAUUCUGCGCAUCCUCAAUGCAAAGCAAUCCCAGGACACCGAUUAUGUGAUUGAACACGGACUUCUGCCAGUCAAAGACCUCCUGGCCCUUAAUAUGUUGGAGCAGAAGUUACGAGCAGUUGAUUUCAAAGAAAAACUGAUUAAUCAUCUAGGACUAGUUGGAGGGUUUGAUACAAAGGACACUGUGUGGCGAACAAUGCAACGAACGAUUUCAAAUGACUUGGCCAAAAGCAUCAAUUGGAGAGGGGUGAAUGGAAAAAUAUCCCUGGCGGCCUUGCAAAUAAAGGAUGUUGUUAUUGAUGCUGUCCGGAAGAAUGUCUUUUCAUCGACGGCAACAAACAGUGAAAUUGAAAACGUGAUGAAAAGAUGGCUGCACCUGGCCUCAGACCGGGAUGGAGGAAGGAAGAGGCGCCAAAAGGACUAGUCUACAUGCCAAGAUGAUUUGAGCUGUUAGCUUAUGUUGUAAUGAUCAGCCAGGUAGGAUGGGUGACCAGAUUUAAGAUAGGGUCAGAUUUUACUGUGGGAGAUCUGUAGGUGUUUAGAGAAUGACACAACAGAGAGAUACUUUUCAAUAAGGAUCAUGUAUUUACAAUAUUCCCGUGAGACUUUAAAACAUCACAAUGAAGGCAGUUAAAAGCAUACAGUCCUAGAGUGCUGAAAUGACCCCCAGUGUAUAUACAGUCCAAGAGAAGUGACCAUCCAUGAUGCAACGGUGAGACAACAAACUAUAGGUCAACAUUUUGGAUAUAUUGCUAUUUUAUGUUUUUGCAAGAAGUCACUUAUGGUCAUCAAGCCUGCACUUAUUUAAUCAAAAUUUUGAUAUGCUUUAAAAUACAUUUUUAUACAAUGCUGAUUUAUUAACAAUGUUGGAAACCUGGGAUAUUUUUCACCUGUGAUUAUUUGAUUAAUAAAAUGUAAAAAAAUAAGUUUAUUUAAAAUAUAAGUUUUGUAACAGUUCACACUACCGGUCAAAAGCUUGAGGUCAGAAUUAUAUUAUUUAUUUAAGAAAAUGGUUUUUAUUCAGCAAGGAUUUGUUAAAUCGAUAGAAACAGUGAUGGUAAAGAUUUAUAUUGUUAGAAAACAUCUCUUUUUUGAAUAAAUGCUGUCCUUUUCAAGUUUUCACUUAUCAAUGAACGCCAAAAUAAAAAACAUUACGCAGCACGACUCUUUCCAGCACUGAUAAUAAAUCAUCAUAUUUUCAUGAUUUCUGAAGAUCAUGUGACACUGAAGACUGGAGGAAUGAUGCUGAAAAUACAGCGGAGCAUCACAGAAAUAAACUACACUUCCAAGUAUAUUAGAAUUGCAAAACAUUUUUUCUUCUGUAUUUCUGAUAAAAUAAAUGCAGGCUUGAUAUGCACAAGACACUUUCACAAUGCUGCAUAAUUAUCAAAAAUGGUUACAUAAUAAAUUCCUUUGACUUCACCAUUUCGCCCACCUGCACUUCACAUAACAGGCCACUUGGGCUUCUUUAUUUAUGAUAGUUUGAUGUAAUAAUAGUGUACCAUACAUAAAUAGAAGAGAACUGAAUGCUGAUAACCAUUACUGUGCCUUGCACAUAAAGUGCUGCUCAUCUUUACACGGUCAGUUUAACACCUACAGAUCUCCCACAGUAAAAUCUGAGCCCAUUCUAAAUCUGGUCUCCAAACCUACUUGACUGAUCAUGACAGUGUUGUGAUGCAUUCUUUCCACGUUCAUUUCCUGUGCAAUUGUAAUGCAGUUGUAAUAUUUCCUAUUGAUAGUUCAACUUAAAAUAAUUAAACCGUUAGUCUUUCUUUGAAAAAUAUGUGAAAAAUUUAAAUCGUUCAUUUAAACUGCUUUAUAAUUAAAUUGUUUGUCUUUUUUUAAUAAAAAUAUGUGAAUAAAUGGAAACAGUUCAUUUAAA